GCAUCUGUAUAAGAAAAUCUGAUUGCUUCAAAAAAUUGAUGUAAUAUUCGCAAGGUAUAAGAUAACUUGAAAUACUUACAUAAUUAUGUCAAAUUGUUUUAAGCAAAGUGGUAAGAAAAAUUAACAAUUGAACUGGCAGGCACAGUAUUCCGUUGCUCACCAGAAAAGUAUUGGCAGCUGAUUCAGUUCUGAAGAGGUUGGUGCUUUGAGGCAAAGAACCUGAGGAGUGCUGAAGACAGUAAAUGUAAAGGUGGUCUUCUGCAAUUAUGUGGGUGGCAACUUCAUGGAACUUGACCACAGAAACCACUUGCUGCUCCAUGGCUCUUCAGGAAUCCCAUAGCACUCAAUUUACACACUAUCAAAUAGAAAAAUAGCACAGGUUUAACUUACUCAAGCAGUUAAUGUUGGUUUUUCAUAGUGGCAUUUAAAUUUCUGCCGUUUCUAAUUACAGUAACAUGCAAAUUUAUCUCAAAUUCAAUUUAAGACUUCACGUAUGCAUUUGAUAAAGUUGUAUUACUGCUAAACGGGCUGUUAAUCUUUUGGUAAAAUAUCUGGAUUAUGUGAGAAUACAGAUGUGAAAAUCUGGGAGCUCUUAUCUGAGAUUUUGUCAUGUAAUUGUUAUGUUGUUACAAAUACAUGAGGAACAAGCAGGAAAAGUUCUGUGCAGCAAAGGUAUCAAUUUCUUGAUUGACCCUUUAAAUUCUGUAUGAACAUUAUAAUCCUAGCACUAACCCAAAUAUCUCAAUAAGCUUGGAAUUAAAAACUGUACAAGCUGUUGCUGUUCCACUUUUCAGUUAGUGAAACAAUAGGGGAAUACAUGAGAAGGAUCAUAAGCCUUACUCUUAGUGGGGUUCUGCCUGUGCUUCCAGUGUCAUCCUGUCAGUUGAUACAGUUGCUUUUGAAAAAUUGAGCUUAAGUGAAAUAUUUCAUGAGUAAAAUCAGUGUUUGUUGGGGGAUAAAUGAGUUGAUUUUGUUGGCAUUUGAAAUAUAAAAUCUUUUGUAUGCUGGUACAAACUGUGGGACAUCCUGGAGUUAGAACUCUACUGUAUAAUUCCAUGAAAUAAUGGUUUCAUCAGCCUAAACUCAUGUUUGAAAUGCUUAGUCUAUCCCAACUGGAUAGCUUGCUGUUUGUAGCUCCUGCUGUAGUUGAUGAGUCCUCUUGAAGAGAAGAAACACAACAAAAUAUGCUGGCAUAGCAAUUUAUGGCCUUAAUGCAGCUGUCAGAAGAGAGAAAUGAGGUGGCUUGAGAGAAAUACAACGGUGGCAAAAGGUUGAGUUCCAUCACAACACUAAAUUUGUAAUGAAAUGGAGUCUGGGUCAAGCUCCUUUCGAGUGGAAUUUCCAGAUUUUUCUAGCACCAUUCUGCAGAAGUUAAACCAGCAGCGCCAGCAAGGACAAUUAUGUGAUGUGUCCAUUGUGGUUCAGGGCCAUCUCUUCAGAGCCCAUAAAGCUGUUCUUGCAGCUAGUUCACCUUACUUCUGUGAUCAGGUUCUCCUGAAAAACAGCAGGCGAAUAGUCCUGCCUGAUGUGAUGAAUCCCAGAGUAUUUGAAAACAUUCUUCUGUCUACCUAUACAGGCCGGCUGGUAAUGCCUGCACCAGAAAUUGUUAGUUAUCUGACAGCAGCAAGUUUCCUUCAGAUGUGGCAUGUAGUGGAUAAGUGCACAGAAGUGCUUGAGGGAAACCCAACAGUUCUGUGUCAGAAGAUGAAUCAUGGCAGUGACCAUCAGUCCCCAAGCAGUAGUAGCUACAAUGGCCUUGUUGAAACGUUUGAACUUGGCUCUGGAGGACAGACAGAAUUCCACAAAGUGCAGGAACUAAGGGAUGGUGAAAAUGAAGAAGAGAGCUCUAAAGAUGAACUGUCAUGUCAGCUGACAGAGCACGAGUACCUUCCCAGUAAUUCUUCAACAGAACACGACAGACUUAGCACUGGAAUGACCAGUCAGGAUGGGGAAGAGGGAACUAGUGAUAGUGCAGAGUACCAGUACAGCAGACCAAUGUAUAGCAAACCCAGUAUCAUGUCUCACAAGCGGUGGAUCCAUGUGAAACCAGAAAGGUUUGAACAAGAGUGUGAAGGCGUUGAUAAUCCUUAUGAUGAACACCAAGUUUCUGAAUCCAUGAAUACCAUCCAGGCAGAUCACUCAAUCCAGUCUUCAGGUGUUGAAGAUUUUCACAUAGGUGACAAAAAGAUGGAAGCAGAAUUUGAUGAACAGGCAGAUGAAAGUAAUUAUGAUGAACAAGUUGACUUCUAUGGCUCGUCUAUGGAAGAAUUUUCCGGUGAAAGGGCAGAUGGAAAUUUAAGUGCUCACAGACAGGAUCUUAUGAUGGCAGCAGGCUAUGGUGAAAGCAUUGAUAUGGCUGCUGGGAUUAAAGAAGAAACGUCUCUCACUGGAUUCUCCCACGCCGAUAAGCUCUAUCCUUGUCAGUGUGGAAAAAGCUUUACACACAAAAGUCAGAGAGAUCGGCAUAUGAGUAUGCACCUUGGUCUUCGACCUUAUGGCUGUGGUGUCUGUGGUAAGAAAUUCAAAAUGAAACACCAUCUUGUAGGCCAUAUGAAAAUUCAUACAGGCAUAAAACCGUAUGAGUGUAACAUCUGUGGGAAAAGAUUUAUGUGGCGGGACAGUUUUCAUCGGCACGUGACCUCUUGUACCAAGUCCUAUCAGGCUUCUAAAGCUGAGCAGAGUACUACUGAGAUGAACUAAGACAUUAGUGCUUACAUUUGUUUAGUAGAGUAAGAAAAAUAAACUAAUUAUGCAAAUAAUGUCUGGUACUUGCUAUUGUAUGUUCUCAAAACAAAAGUUUUAAUAAGUACACUGGUAUAAACAGAUCAAAUGUAUUUUGCUUCCUGCAAUAUUACUCCAGGUGUUUAUUGUGGGAAGUGCAUGUGGUUAAUAUGAAAGGUGCCUGCAAAAUGAGGUUUGAGAUUGGUUGUAAUCACAGCAGUAUUUAGAAGCCGUCUUGUAUUUCCAAGUCAUCUAAAUUCACAGUAAAACUCAGCUCUAAAUUGACAAAAAUCCUGAAAAUACUUAGAUGGACGAGAAAUUCAGGUAGUACUCCUUAAUGGAAAAGAAAACUAAGAUGACCAAACUGGCUUAUAUGAUUCACAUUUAAAUGAAGAAAAACAAAGAUAAUUCCACUUCAAGGUGAAGCAUCAUUAGGUAGUGUGCAUCAUUCAGUAGCCUUUGUUGUAUUGCUUAAUGAGAGGCAGUGGUAAAGGUGGUUUGGUUUUCCGUUAUCCAUCUUCUUUUUUUAAAAUUUAUCUUCAGUAAAACAGAUGUCUAAUUUUGUGUUGAUUUGUGUUUAGAGUCUGUAAUGCACUUAGAGUUUUCACUAUAUAAACUUCAGUAUAUAUUAAGUAUACUUGCUGUUAUAGGGUCUAAUGCUGUAUGACUCUUGACUUCAUUAGAUUUUAAUUACUAUGUUGUGAGAGCUUCUAGAAGUGUGUGUAAUAAAUACGUCUUAUUAAAAAAUAAGACACCAACUAAAAGUAAAAUGUAACAUUUGGAACUUAGUCAAAAUAAUCAAAUAUUUAAAGUGUAAAUUUCUGUUCAAAUUUUUGUGGCUUAGUACAGUAGCAAGUACCAAACUCUGGAUUCAUGAACUGACUUGUUAUUGGUACAAAAACUUCUUUGAGAACUGCUAUCUAGUUUUAGAAACCUGCUUUAGGAAAAUUACAUAGUCAUUGAUAGGUAUUUAUACUUUUAAUUCUUUACUAUUUGAAUAGUAUAUAAUACUGAUUCUUGGUACUGAACUACUGUGACUGGUGAUCACAAGCAGAGUUGUUUGCUUCCUUGAAGUUGCUUGUGGAAAAUAGUAGGAAGUAUGUGAUUUGGGAUCUUCUAAUGGUACUGCAGAACAUGGUACCAUGCUUACGGCUGAAGCUGGUAUUUUUGCUGGGAAAGUGACACUUGUUCUGUGUUAAGAUUAGGAUCUGUGUGGGGGGCUCUCAUUCAUGGAGAUAGAUUGAGGAGUGUGUAUAGUUCUAAGGGAUGCUGCCAGCUCUGCAGAUUGAGUAAAGGCAUCAGUUGUAAAGGUGACAACAGGAUUUUGGAGUUGAAAGCUUAAUGCAGUCCAAUGCAAAAGCAAUUGCUUCUUAGUAAGCAAAAGCUUCUUUGUAGCUUACUGAAAUAUGACAAGGAAAGAACAUACAUAGAAAAUAAUAGAAAGAGGUGAUAACCAAGUACAGUGCUGUCCACAUGGGGAAAAAGUUAACCUGCAUUAAAGACCUAAGCCUAUCUGACCCCAAUUUCUAUGUUAGGUACUGCUGUGUGCAGGAUAAUGUACUGAACAGAUGACCCUGUAUGGUGAAGCAAAACCACACAAAGAUUAUUACACUUCAGAUUCUUUUUUGAACUCCCUGUUAAAAUUGUCUUAAGAUACAACUGAACUGUAUCAUGAAUGUCUGCUGCAAGCUGAGGGUUUUCUACUCAGUGAGCUGUAAUUACUGUAAUUUCUUUACUGGCAUUCUACUUAAAAACAUGAUUUUUUAAGAGGCUCUUAAUUAUUAAUCUCCUAAUGCUUCAAAUAUUUUUUCAUAUGGAAUUUUGUUAAAACAGAUGUUCCCAAGUACAAUGAACCCAUUGCUGGCAAUGGGCAUGAAUGAUCAGCACCACAGAGUUCCUGUUCUUAGCACUUAAUUGAACUCUACAAAUAACAUGGUGGCCAUGUUUAACCUUUGUGACCAAGGUACCGAAACAGGGAUUUUGCUCACUAACACUGUAACCUGCUUAAUAUAUAGCACUUUGUAUUUAAACAAAACAAAACCAAAAAAAAAAACCCACAAAAAAACCACAAAAAAAACAAACAAACAAACAAAAAAAACCCCUCCAAAAACAAAAACAACAAAAAAACCAAACCAUAAUACUUUAUAAGUAUGUUUUUUAAACUUAGAAAUUAUAUUCCCUCUAUGGUUUGUUUACACACUGCUAACACUGUCCUUUUUAAUACUAAAAAAUACUAUAAUGCUUGCCUGUUUACACGAGGGUAGAGGAAAGGGUUCUCGCACUCGGUGGCCCUAUUUUUCCAUUCUCCAAGGCCUUACCACAUACAUGGUGUCAUUUCUGUAAGUACCAUCAUCACAUUUGAAGGAAGGCGUUAGAAUCAUAGGAUGGUUUGGGUUGGAAGGAGACUUUGAAGGUCAUCUACUUCCAACCCUUCUGCCAUAAGCAUGGACACCUUCAGCUAGGCCAGUUUGCUCAGAGCCCCAUCCAGCCUGGCCUUGAACUUGUCCAGGGUGUUUAUUCUCAUACUCAUUUCAAGAAUGAUCUUGUAUAUUACAUUGGUUCUCAGCCCCUUUCCAAUUGUUGCUUCAGUUUUGCAUAAAAUGGUUAAGGGUGCCUCUUCCCAUUUAACCAUAAAAAAGGCUGGACAGAAACACCAGUCUGAAAACUGUGGUCCAAAAAAAAAAAAAAAAAAGUUGAACUCAGACCAUCCUACAGAGCUGCCAGCAAAACUGUUUCUUUUACCAGCUUGGAAUGACUUUUAUAUGGGAUAUUUCAAGGUUUAAUGUUACUUCUAUUUGCAGUUAGAUUACUUUGAAAUAAAGCUUUAAAAUCAAAUGUACUGCGAGAGACACUUUAAAGAUUUUAUAACAGGUUCAGUAGAUGAAAUUGUAGAACCAUGUCCUUUUUUAAUGACUUAGCAUGAAUAGUAACUUUUUAGUAUUUGCCUCUUGCUGUUUUACUCCAUAUUAUGGCAUUGUCUUGAAAGUCCAGCAAAUGUUGCUCCACUGAUUUUUGUAGCACUUGGCUUUCUGCUGUUAAUUUACAUGAAACCAAUUGAUUGCAGGAAAAUACUCGUCUGAUUGUCAUGAGAUCAGGUUGAGAGGACUGAUGAUUUAAGGACAGCUUGAGAUACAUGUCUAAAAUCCUUACUUUUGCAUGUCACAGGUGAAACAGUUGUCUUGUGGUAUUUUUCUUGAACUCAGUUUAUUGCCCUUUGUCAAACUUCUAAUCACCAGUUCAGGUACUGGGGGAGGAAGAUAAAAUAUCACUUAAACCAUCUUCCUCAGGCUCAGCUUAAGUCUCUUCUCCCUGCCUCUUCUCCCUGCCUUUGUAUUCUCAGUUUUCCUUGCUUUCACCAAGAGUUGUACUCAGUUCCUUCCAUUUCCUUUAGUAAGGUGACAGGUCACAGAGGAGGUUGAGGUCAUAUGCACACUUCCUUGUCUGGUGCUUUUCGUUUCUUAGUGGGCGUCCUCUGGUGCUUUGGCCUGGUCAGUGUCACUAUUCAUGGUGACACUGGGCCACAGUCCCUUCAGGGAUGUACGUGUCUGUUCCAGCUUGGUACUUCUGUGGAACUCAGUUAUUUCAGAGGUGUACCUGCUCUAGCAGGGCUUAACUGUAGGCCAAAGUCAUCUUAGAAGUGAAUCUUCUCAGGCAGGGAGUGUGUCCUUCUGUGACUGUGUCUAUACAUGUUCUCAGUGACUUCUUCAGGUGUUUUCCCAAGAGCAGCUCUUCAGUUUCUUCACCUGUAUCCAUGAGUAUGUUCUCCAUGUGUCUCCAUGCACCUCUUGCUAGCAGCUGCUACUUUUCCUUAAGUAUAUUUAAGCAGAAGCAUUAUGUGCACCUCUGGUUGAGAUUUUGGCUUACAGUGGAUUGUUCACAUCCAUUUUUUGUGCACACUGAACUUCUUUUGACUAGUGCAGGGCAGCCUGCAAACUCUAGCCACACAUCACCCCUGCAGUCCCUGCCACUGGUGGCCAGUGCAGUUGAACAUAGCAAGCCAAGACAUACAGAUGCAGCUUCUGUCAAGCUUCUGAUCUUUGCUAAUGGAGGGGUCUUGUUCAAGGUAUGAAAAAUUAUUUCUUACUUGUGGGGAGGAGGGAAGCAAUCCAUAUAUAUAUAUAUGUAUAUAUAUAAUAUGACUGCAUAUGUAUAUGAUGAAUUUCAUUAAUCUUCCCGUAUGCUUCAUUACCUUUGAUGAUGUGGCUGUUGGCUGUAGUAAAGUGAGUGUCUUCUGAAAACCAGCCAUAUGGUAUACCCAGGUGGCUUUCAGACUUUCCUGCUGCUUUGAAGCCAUUCAUUGUCCUAGCAGUGGUAGGAAGACUUAAUGGUACUACAGCUAAGUUCCUUUUCAUUCCAUUUUGUAACUAUGAUGUUAAUUACCAUGGAAUCUGUGUAACUGCCAUUCUGAAAAUUCAACUGUUAGCAGGGUUAAAAUCUGCUUAGGUGUAUAUUGGACCCUUUUGAGGGAGAAGGUUCCUGUUUCACACACCAGUGUUGGUUUGCGGGGUGCUUUUUUGUUGUUUCAUUUUUUAAAGUUUCCUUGUUAGUUUUAUGGGUGAGCAGAUAGACCCUAGAAGAUAUUGUCAGUACAGUUUUUGGUUACAGCUUUUUUCAUCUGAGGUGUGUCUAAGGUUGAGAAACCAUCCUGUAUCAUAAGCACGGCAGAUGAUCAAAGGCUGAUGUAUUGAGCAUUCCAGUGUUAUUGAUCAUGAAAGAAAGGAGGCAUAUCAGGAUUUGUAAUCUCAAUACUUUUGCCUGGGUACCAGCAAGAUGACCUGUCUCUGAAUUAUGAGAGCCCACAGCAGUACAUUGAGUGUUUUGCUAUAAUAGAAUUAGGACCCUUCUCAAAGCAACAAAGGAAAGUUGGGGUUUUUUUGUCUUUUAAAUGCUUCAUUGGGUAGCUUGGCUUCUUUAGCUAUUAGCUGUAAACUGUCAGUGGCCUAGGGGAAGAUGCUGGAAGAGAAGAUGGUAUAUUUUUAAUGUGAUUAAAUUGCAAGUUCUGAUUUUUGCUUCAAGCCUGUGUCUGUCGAUUGCUGCUCCUUUUUUUUUUUUUAAUUCAUGGGAUUCCAUAUUUCUUUCAGAAAUGUAACUGUUUAUGCAAGUCAAGUGAAUCUUCCUUAAUGAGCUAUAAGUUUUUAUUCUAAACAAGUCAUUUAUAAUAGUAAAUUUGCAUAUCUUGAUAUUUUGUGAGAUGUUAUGCCUGUAUUGCAGAGGUUGGAUAGUUUUGUCUAUAAAUAUUGCUGUCCUAAUUGUACAGCAUGGUUUUAAUUUAAUGUUACUGUUCAAUAUUUUCUUCUUAUAGAAGAGUCCCAUGCCCCUUUUUUUCUAUAACAUGUUUUAAUAAAUGUUAUCUGUCAACUUUGUAAAUGUUUUCUUAAGCUUGAAUGAAAGGAAUGCAUGUCUAGUACUAGUAUUUAAUAUUUCACUUUGCCAAAAUAAGUGCUCAAAAGUAAAAAUCCAAGAGUUGUUGAUAUAUAACUUUAUUAAAUAUAUUAAAAAG